AUGGAGAAAUCCAACAAUUUUCGCAUUGAUGCACUCCUAGCGCACGAAGUCGCGCACCGGACGGACAAGGGUGAUGCGUCCCCGGGGUCCUACAGCAGGAGCGCCUGCGACAGUCCGGUGUCUUGCCGCGGCUCAGAAACCCCCUCCCCUCGGCCGUCCCCCCAAAACAGCUCUCAAGCCCAGCUAGGAGUCCUUCCUAAAGCCCCGCUGUUCAACUUCUCCCAGUCGGGAGUCACGGCUCUGCACCAAGGGGGUCUCUCAGGAAUGUACCCGAGCACUGUGUACCCUCUUGCCGCCCUGGCGGGCCAGCACCCCGCCUUCAUUUACCCUGGCUUCACGCAGCUGGCACAGCCGUACCCGGAGCAGCUGAAGGGGGCGGCCAUGGCCGGAGCCCUGCCACUGGAGCCCUGGAUCCGUGCCGGGAUGAUGAUACCCAGACUCGGGGAGUACGGUGUACCGGCCCAGCCAGGUAUGUUGGGGAAGUGUCGGAGGCCCAGGACAGCCUUCACCAGCCAGCAGCUGCUGGAAUUAGAAAACCAGUUCAAACUCAACAAGUACCUGUCCAGGCCCAAACGCUUUGAGGUGGCCACCUCACUCAUGCUGACUGAGACUCAGGUUAAGAUCUGGUUCCAGAACAGACGUAUGAAGUGGAAGCGGAGUCGCAAAGCCAAGGAGCAAGCGGCCUCAGCUUCCCCGCUGCGAGACACAGAGAGCCCCGGACCUGGGGUGCACGGUGCCAAACCUCAGAGAGACACACACAGCUCAAGCCUGGAGGAUGAAGAGGAGCUAGAAGGAGAAGAUGAUGAGGAAGAAGAAGAGGAGAUCAGGGGGUUGAGAGCAGGGUCUUUAGCCUCGGUGGGCUUCCUGAGGCACACAGGAGGAGCAGAGAGCUACACUUCCUACUCUGAGGAGGAGCUGGAGGAGGGAGGCCCGAGAAAACAGACUGGGGUUUAUCUAUAG